AUGGCUGUCUUCUCUGGCCCUUCCCGCCUCUUAAGACUGACACGCUUCGCCGACGGUACGAGAACCCUGACACGUCGUAGUUUUAGCAUUGGGCACCCCCGACGAGCUCCUCAUAAUGAGGCCACCUACGAUGUUGUGGUCGUCGGCUCCGGCUGCUCAGGGCUGACCACCGCUUUCGUUGCGGCCAAGCAUGGCCUUAAGGUCAUGGUUUUGGAGAAGACACAGUAUUUUGGCGGCACAACCGCUUACUCCGGCGGAGGGGCAUGGAUACCGGCCAACAAGCACCAAGCAGCAAUCGGUGUACAAGAUUCAGCGACCCAAGCUGAUAUUUAUCUUCAGGAGGUGCUGGGUGAUCUUUACGACGAGAAAAAGAUCCCGGCAUUCCUCGAAUCAGCUCCUGAGAUGGUGAAAUGGAUGGAGGACAAUUCCGCCGUGCGCUUUAAACCUGUCCCUUUGCCAGACUACCAUGUCUCGCAAAAGGGUGCCUCGGCGGGACGAACGAUUUUGACUGCAAAGUUUGAUGGACGCCAACUGGGUCCUUUGAUCAAGCAGGUUCGCUAUCCAAUACAGGGCUACUCUGCGUUUGGCUCGAUGCAAGCGGACCCAGAGGAGUUGCCGGUUGUGACGCAUCCAUUUGGAAGUAUCACGAAUCUGGCCCUGGUGACGAAGAAACUGCUUCGCUAUGCAAUGGACCUAGCUCGUUAUGGCAAGGGAACUGACAUGGCAAAUGGCAAUGCCCUUGUGGGACGGCUGUUGUUCUCUGUGCAACAACAAGGGGUGCAAUUGUGGAACAAUGCUUCGGCCACAAACCCAGUGAUAGAAAAUGGUCGUGUCGCGGGUCUGCACGUUCUCCAUCAGGGCAAAGAUACCACGGUUUAUGCUCGCAGAGGAGUGGUCCUUGCCAGUGGCGGUUUCGGCAGGUCGGAGGAGGCUAAACAGUAUAUACCGCACGAAUGGUGCGCAUGCCCGCGAGGCAAUACGGGAGACGGCAAGCGGAUCGGAGUGGCAAGUGGUGGUGCUCUACCGCCCAAAAAUCCGACGAAUGCCAUCUUCGCUCCUAUCUCCCUUCUGCCUGUUUCCGAUGGUCCUGUGCGUCGCUUCCCACACUUCGCGAUCGACCGGUCCAAACCAGGGUCUAUCAUUGUUGGACCUGAUGGUCGACGAUUCGCAAACGAGUCAGAGCCGUACCAGGAGUUUGUCACGGCCAUGCACCAGAAGGGCAUUCAGAAGGGGUACUACAUCGGCGACCACUCGCAUCUCCGCAAAUAUGGUAUGGGAAUGGCAUUGCCUUGGCCGUAUCCAAUUUGGAAGCUGCUGCGACAAGGGUAUCUGAUCUCAGCGCCCACGAUUUCCGCGCUGGCCGAGAAAAUUGGUAUUCCUGUCCAAACUUUGGAGCAGACAGUUUCUGAAUAUAACUCGUUCGCUACCACGGGCAUCGACACACAAUACCAUCGAGGCGAGAACGCGUACGACCGCUUCUACGGAGAUCCCCAGGUCCAGCCGAACCCGAAUCUGCAACCUUGCACAACCGGUCCGUUUUAUGCGCUCCCACUCUACCCCGGCAAUGUCAGCAGUCUAUACGGACUGCUUACCAACAACGAUGGACAAGUGCUCGACCAGAACGGGCAAACUAUCAAGGGGCUUUAUGCAGUUGGUUGUGAUCAGAACAGUGUCUUUAAAGGGGCUUAUCCAGGAGGUGGUUCGAGCAUUGGGCCAGGAAUGACGUUUGGCUACCGAGCAGGGCGAAGACUGGCCAAAGAUGGCUCUUAA